GGGGUUGUUUUUUGCUCUGCAGGCUGACGCUGCCGAGUGGUGGUGACUGCAGGUGUGGAGGUGAGGGGAACUUGCACCCUCGCAGGUACGCGAAGCGGUCCGCGCUGCAAAGCGUACGGGGCAGGGCCCCACCUUCUGUUUCUCCUUCAUCAGGCGGGAACCGUCGGCCGCGCACCCUUUGGGACUGCUCAAGUCAAUGACCGCAGGUCCUGCCCGCUGUUUUCUGGCAGGUUUUGUCCUAGGCAACAGAACGUAGCAGUGAACCAAACAAAAUCUCCUGAACAUAUACAACUACAGUUGAUGAUGUCUUCUAGUUUCAAUGUAUUUAGAGUUGGCAUCUCUUUUGUCAUGAUGUGCAGUUUUUAUAAAUCAGCAGUAGACUCUCUAUCACAACUGAGUCCUCAGAAGUAUUUCAGUACAUUGCAACCAGGAAAAGCCUCCUUAGCUUAUUUUUGUAAAGCUGAUUCUCCAAGUACCUCUAUAUUUCUUGAAGAACUGAACGAGGCUGUUAAACCUCUCCAAGACUGUGGCAUUUCAGUUGCAAAGGUUAAUUGUGUCGAAGAAGAAACCUCAAGAUACUGUGGAAAAGAAAACGAUUUGAUGAAAGCGUAUUUAUUCAGGGGCAACAUAUUAAUCAGAGAAUUCCCUACUGAUACCUUGUUUGAUGUGGAUGCCAUCAUUGCUCAUGUUCUCUUUGCUCUUCUCUUUAAUGAAGUAAAAUAUAUUACCACCCCGGAAGACCUUCAGAACAUAGAAAAUGCUCUGAAAGGAAAGACAAACAUUGUAUUUUCAUAUGUAAGAGCCAUUGGAACACCAGAGCACAGAGCAGUCAUGGAAGCUGCAUUUGUGUAUGGGACCACAUACCAAUUUGUCUUAACCACAGAAACUGCCCUUUUGGAAAGUGUUGGCAUUGAGGAUAUAGAACAUGCACAUCUCUACUUUUUCCAUUGUAAACCAGUCUUGGACUUGACCCAUCAAUGUAGAAAAACUCUAAUGGAACAUCCAUUGACUACUCUGAACAUUCAUCGAUUUAUUAAGACAAUGGAAGCACCUCUGCUGACUGAAGUUGCUGAAGAUCCUCAGCAAGUUUCAACUGUUCAUCUCCAACUAGGAUUACCACUGGUUUUUAUUGUUAGUCAACAAGCUACAUAUGAAGCUGAUAGAAGAACUGCAGAAUGGGUUGCUUGGCGUCUUCUGGGGAAAGCAGGAGUUCUACUCUUGCUAAGGGACUCUUUGGAAGUGGACAAUCUUCAGCAUGCUAAUGUGAUCUUCAAAAGAGCAGAAGAGGGAGUACCAGUGGAAUUUUUGGUGUUACAUGAUAUUGACUUAAUAAUAUCCCACGUGGAAAAUAACAUGCACAUUGAGGACAUGCGAGAAGAUGAAGAUGGUGACAUGGAAGGCCCAGAUUUGGAUAUUCAAGAUGAUGAAGUGGCAGAAACUGUUUACAGAGACAGGAAGAGACAGUUACCUUUGGAACUCAUAGUGGAACUAACAGAAGAAACAUUUAAUGUGACAGUAAUGGCUUCUGACAGCAUAGUGCUUUUCUAUGCUGGUUGGCAAGCAGUAUCCAUGGCAUUUCUGCAAUCCUAUAUCGAUUUGGCAAUUAAAUUGAAAGGCUGGAAAGAAAUUACAAUAUUAGACAGGAUAGGUACCCUAGGCACAUCUACUGUGCUGCUUACUAGAGUCAACUGUGCAGAUUGGUCUGACUUAUGUGUUAAGCAAAAUGUUACUGAAUUUCCUGUUAUAAAAAUGUAUAAGAAAGGCAAGAACCCAGUAUCUUAUGCUGGUAUGUUAGGAACUGAAGAUCUCCUAAAAUUUAUCCAGCUCAACAGAAUUUCAUGCCCAGUGAACAUAACAUCUGUCCAAGAAGCAGAAGAAUAUUUAAGUGGGGAAUUAUAUAAAGAACUGAUCUCCUAUUCUAGUGUGUCAGUACUGGGACUAUUUAGUCCAACUAUGACAACAGCAAAAGAAGAUUUCACUGAAGCAGGAAACUACCUAAAAGGAAGUGUUAUUACUGGAAUUUAUUCUGAAGAAGAUGUUUUGAUACUGUCAAAUAAAUAUGCUGCGACUCUUCCAGCCUUGCUGUUUGCAAGACAUAAAGAAGGCAAAAUAGAGAGCAUACCAUUAGCUAAUUCCCAUGUGCAAGACAUAGUUGGGAUAAUAACAGAUGCAUUACUGGAAAUAUUUCCAGAAAUCACUGUGGAAAAUCUUCCCAUUUAUUUAAAACUUCAGAAACCAUUACUUAUUUUAUUCAGUGAUGGCAGCAUAAAUUCCCAGUAUGAAAAAGCAAUAUUGACCCUGGUAAAAGAGAAACACUUGGAUUCACUUACCCCUUGCUGGUUAAAUCUAAAGAAUACUCCUGUGGGGAGAGGAAUCUUGCAGGCAUACUUUGACACUCUGCCUCCCCUUCCUCUUCUUGUUGUGGUGAACCUGCCCUCAGGGGGCCAAGUAUUUGCAUUUCCCUCAGACCAAGCUGUCACUGCACAAACCCUCUUAUUAUGGCUUAAGAAAUUAGAAGCAGGACUAGAAAGUCCUAUCACAAUUUUACCUGCUCAGGGAUGGAAACCUCAUCUUCCUGCUUAUAAUUUUCUAAGUAUGAUGGAUGCUGCAGCAUCUCGACAUCCCACUGGAAAAGGUCCUGGCUGUAUGAAAGAAACUGGUAUGCAGGAGAGUGAUAAAGAACAACAAGAAGAUAAAUCAACCAGAAAAGAACCUAUUGAAACACUGAGAAUAAAGCACUGGAAUAGAAGUAAUUGGUUUAAAGAAGCAGAAAAAUCAUUUAGGCAUGAUAAUAAAGAGUUAUGAUGCUCAAAAGUUAGCUGAUUUCAUAGGGAAAGACUAGGACUUUCCAAAGUCUUUUUGGCUUAUUUGAUAGACAAUUUAUUAAAAAAUAAUACUAAAUCAUUUCAAGUUUCUAGACCAGUGCUAUCCAGUAGGAAUAUGAUAUGAACCAUAUAUGUAAUCUAGAAUUUUCUGUUAGCCACAUUAAAAAAAAAAGUAAAAAUGAGCAGGUGAAAAGAAUUUCAGUAAUAUAUUUCACCCAGUAAGUAUACCCCAAAUAGCUCAGUUAACAUAAAAUUAUAAUGAACUAUUUUACAUUCAUUUUUUCUGUCGUCUUCAAAGUCCAGUGCAUAUUUAACACUCACAUUUCAUUUCAGAGAAGCCGCAUUUCAAGUGUUCAGUAGCUACAUGUGGCUAGGGACUACUGUAUUGGAUAGCUCAGCUCUAGACAAAAACUGGUAUAAACUUGGUUCUAGGCAUGAAAAACAUUGAACUAGAAUAAAAAUGUAGCUCUAGUUUAAUAACAGUUGACUCCACAGUGGAGUCAUACAGCUGGUGUGUGUUUUGUUGUGGUCAUGAUGUCAGAACCACUUUUUUAAAAAUCAGAGAGCAGCUUUGUCCCCCAGGGAACAUUGCAGUGUAGAAACAUUUUUGAUUGUAACCACUGGGGUGCACCUGGCAUCUAGUGGGUAGAGACCAGGAAUGCUGCUAAACACCUUGCAGAGCACUGGGCAGCCUCACAAACAAGGAAUUAUCCUGCCCAAAUGUCAGCAGUGCCAGUAUCAAAUAACCCUGUGUUAUGCUAAUCUGUUCUGGUUCUGCUCAGUUAGGUUUGGAAAAAAUCUUGGAUAUUAAAGGUAAAUAUCAGGUGGUCUUAUCCUGAUCGUUAUUUGGACACAACCAUAUUUUAUAAAUUCAUUUUAUAAUAUUUUCAAAAAAUAAAAAGCAAUAACCCUAAGAAGGACUCAAAGUGAUAUAUAUGUAUAUGAUAUACUAUUAUCUACAAUAUAUAAUAAUCAUAUAUAAUUAUAUGAUAAUAUAUAAUUCAUAUAUAUAUAAAUACAUGUAAAUAUAUAAGAAUCUUAAAACCUCCUAAUUCAACAAGUUGUAUGGCUAACAUAUAUUGCUAACAGGAAUUAAACAUUUUGCUAUCUUCCUCACAAAAAGAGUGACUUCCUAAUCUGAACCGUAUGUGAAAUCUACCCUAGUAAGCUUUGGACAAGUCAGUUUGUCUCUCGGGCCAUAGGGCCUCACCUGUGUAGCAAGAGGGCAAGAUUAACUAAAAAAUUAAUUUUUCAUUCCAAAGUCACUUACUUGUCAGGUUGAUCUGUUUGUAGCAGGUUGUUUAAUUUUUGUUCCAUGCAAUUUUUUGAGACAUUUGUUGAGAAUGUCCUACUUGGUGCUCCACUAUACUCUUUUAAUACCUACCUGGGGUAUCUUGUUCUUGAAAUUUUCUUCAUGCACAGUUUGCUUGGUUCAACUGAGUUGCAUAACUGGGGUUUUAAAAAUCAAACAGUUAAAUUUCAAUAAAUGUAUGUAUUUCAUUUGUUAAUAUAUCAUUUGCUGCUAAGCAGCUUGUUGAGUUUUUUCCUGUAUAGCAUGUAUUGCAUAUUAUUUCACUUCAUUCUCAUAUGUUUUUAUAUCUAAUGGGGGAUAUAAGAAUGAAGUCUAAAUAUAUUUUAUAGUAUUAAAGUAUCAUCAGCCUAACAGUUAGAAAAUGCUAACUAACUAUAAGCACACAGAAAUAUGAAAUGGAUUAGUCAUUGUACCAUGUCAGCAGUUUUGACAGUUAUUAACACAUGUUCUUUUUAUCAUUUUAAAUAAAGUAUCUGGAUUUCA